AUGUUUCCCACGCGUGCCCUAUUGGGCCGGUCAGUCUGGAAAGGUAAGAAUGCUUCCCCUGAGGCCCUGCUUCUAUUCAUCCGUACAAUUGCUAACGCUGCGUCCCCAGGUCCAAACAUCGUCCCUCUUGCCUUACCGCGAACUCUACCCCCUCCCCCGAACACACCACCGAUCCGCACCCAGAAGCGUGGCGCAACCAUUCUGCCUAAUUUCGUUGGCGUACGAUUUGCCGUCCACAAUGGCAAGACAUAUCAGGAAGUCACUAUUACCGAGGAGAUGGUCGGACGCAAGCUUGGUGAAUACGUUGCGACUCGCAAGCGUUUCACAUAUAAGCAGUCUAAGAACAAAUAG